AUGAGUGCUCUAUCUAUCCUAGCGGAGGAGUGUGAGCUUCUCAAUGACUCCAAGUACAGGGCGUAUAUCACCCAGGUGGACAAGGCACUGCGUAGCUUUGAAAACACCAGUGAGUGGGCAGAUCUCAUUUCUGCACUUGGAAAACUGAAUAAGGUAUUACUGGGACAUGUCAAGUUCCCCGUCAUUCCUAAACGUGUCACUAUAGGAAAGCGACUAGCCCAAUGUCUUCAUCCCGCCCUUCCGAGUGGAGUACAUUUGAAAGCCCUGGAGACUUAUGAUAUAAUCUUUAAAUGUAUUGGCACCCAGAGACUGGCUCAGGAUCUGUUUAUAUACAGCGCUGGUCUGUUUCCUUUAUUGGGCCAUGCAUCGAUGAGUGUAAAACCCACAUUGCUUACAGUGUAUGAACGACACUUCAUAGGUCUCGGCCGACACAUUAAACCAGGCCUUAAUGGUCUGCUUCUCGGACUUCUUCCAGGAUUGGAGGAGGGAGCAGAGUAUUACGAUAGAACUAAUGGGCUACUGGAGGAUUUUUGUGAGUCUGCCGAGCCGGAAUAUUUUUACACCUGUCUGUGGGAGUGUGUCAUGUCAUGUCCGAGUGUCCGUCUACCUGCCAUCACCUUCCUGUUAGCCCACUAUAAUAAGAAACAGACAAUGGAGGACCAGCUUUAUAUGAUGGGACUAAACAUUGACCUCAUGGUUGAGGCUAUCUGUAGUGCUGCCCAGGACUCGCUCGUCCUAGUACAGAGAAUUCUGUUGGAUUUCCUGCUCCUUGCCUUUCCUAUGCGGAAUGGUCAGCUCACAAAGUCUGACAUGGCCAAGAUUGUAAAAUCUGUGAUCAAUGUGGUUCUACGCAGGGACAUGUCACUCAAUCGACGCUUAUAUGCCUGGCUUCUCGGAACUGGAGCCAACAGUUCUGGUAAUAUCAAUCGUCAGACUGCAGACAAGGCCAAGAGCUUGCGUAAGGAUAGUGUCGCAAGCGGAAGUGAAAUUGAUCUGUUAUAUUUCCACACUUACUCGAAGGAUCUCCUGAUUCAAGCCCUCAAACAGAAACUCUCAGACUCGAGCGAGGAGGACAGUAUAACUGGAAAACAUUCUGGGAAAUCAGCUGUGUUAAAACCUUUCAGGAUAUUGAUGAGCCUGUUAGACAAACCUGAAAUUGGACCAGUGAUUUUAGAAAGUGUUCUUUUAUCUGUUUUUCAAUGUCUAUACCGAGAGACAGGUUUACUACAUUCCAAAUAUAAAACAAACAAUGAUUUAGGAACAGACAUUGCCGGUGAAGACACUUUAAAACAGACUAAAAGCCAUGUAACUUCUGAGUCAAAAACUUAUGGAGAGCUGAUCAAAACUGCGAACUUAUUGUUUGGAACGUUUGAACCUUACUUUAUAUGGGACUACAUUGCCCGCAUGUUUGAGGAAUCGUGUCAGAAAUUGACUAGCAGCGACGGACAGUUCCUGUCUCGUCAGAGGUCUGUGAUUGAAAGUGAUAUUCCAUCUCUUUCAGAACUCUGUACACUUGUGGACUACCUGCUGGAAGUGAUAUCACUGGAGACGUUUUUGGAGACACAGACAGAACAUCUACCAGAUUUGUUGUACAGGGUCACAACAACCUUGACCAACCAUUGUACCAAGAUCAAGGACACAGAUAUCAAGUGUACUCUACAGCUGUGUAUCAAGUUACUGGCCAAGGUCCAGCCUGCUAUGGACGUCCUGGGCCUGGAUACGGUCAGCACUGAUGGAGUAUUUGAAGGACACAAUAUGAGUAAUCUAUCCCAUCACGGUGAACAUUUGGAAGAUUACAAAAAGUUACGGACAUCUGAAAUGAAGAGCAAUAAGGAUAUUUCAACUGUCCAUGAAAAUGGAACCAUUACAAACGGUGAAUGUGGUGUUAAUGGGGAGAAAGCUGGCAAUUUAACUGACGAGGACCCCUCAUCAGUAUCUGACACAAAGCAUAAUGACAACGAUGAAAUGGAAAGGAAAAGUGUUGUGGACACAGAUAUUGUAAAGGAAAAUGGACUGUCAGUGGACAAUGAAAAAGAAUUGAUUGAAAAUGGAGAUAUCCAUCCAAUAGAAAAUGGAAAUAUUGAAACAAGUGAAAAAACAAACGAUGAGUCAAAAAAGAGUAUUGAAUGUAAGUCAGAAGAAAAUGGAUUAGAUUUUGACCAGUCUACAAAUGAAAAUGAGAUUGAUCCUCCGUUUUUAGAACGGAAGUUGUCUCGCAGUUCAGGGAAGAAUUCGGCCACUACUAUGAUGCAGUCGUGUAUCGAGUGUUAUAAAAACUUCUUCCAUACGUACGUCACACAGAAGAUCAUUAAGGACCCCAGCAUCAUCACUACCUGUAUCAGUCAGAUGAACACAUCAACAGACUACACCGGUGACUACAGAGACGAGGACGACUUUGGCCUGCCAAUAAGUCAGCAGGCUAGCCAGUGUGAAAACAUAGGACCAAUAAGUGCAGGCCACCUACACGAGGAAACCUUACAGACUUUUGACUGUGCUUGUAGACUUCUGUUGGAUUUUACAAGUUUUCCUAUCUUUUGUACAGAUUUCAACAAAAUCUUCCAGCGAUCUUUCAAUGCAGGUGAAAAUGUGACCCUGCCAAUGUGGGUACAAGAUUUGAUUGCCUGUGGCUGUUUUGUGGAGAGUUUUGAAGUGCAGUCUGCGGCCAUAGCGACAAUGAUACAUUUGAUAAUUGUUGCUAAGACAAUCCAAUCAGAAAGUGAAAACAAAGUUGAUAUUGGUCUAGAAAGGUCCAAAUCUGUUGGUGAAGGAAGUCCAGUGUCAGUCGUGAUCAUGCCUGCACUACUGCCGAUCCAUCUGAAAUAUCUUGGAGAAAAAACAACAUUUUACAAGAAAGUGGCAAGUAUACUGUGGAGCUACAUGGAUGAGUCAACACCAUCACAUCACCAGCAGACAGUACAGCUAUUUCAUCACUUACAUCAGGUCACCCCAGACAGCUGGGUGUGUGAGGAUGUGAUCGGUCAUGCCCUUGUGUCCGAGAAUGAGGUUGAACGUAUUGGAGCAUUCAAAAAGUUAACAGUUCUUUGGCACCUGACGAGGGACAGCCGUUCUGACCCCAACCCAGGACAACCUCCGCGCACAUUUGACAGGUCAAUGCUAGUGCUUCUUGACAGUCUGAAGGAGGAAAUUAGUGCGACCAAGACCAUUGCCACAACGUGGCUCACCCACAUCAUACAGCGGGGGGACAUCUGUCGUGUCCUGAACCCUCUACUUACCAUGCUGCUCCACCCAGACACCGCCAGGAUUUCUGUUCAGCAUAUUAAUGUUCACAAGCCCAAGAAGGUACAGCUGACUGAAGAAGAAGAUCCUGGAAAUGAGCCUCAGAUUUAUGCCAUCAGUAGCGAGGGUGGUAACAUCAUAUACCAUGUUAAUAAUUCCAGCACAAAAUCGUGGUCUGCCAAACGAUCAGAAAACCUUAAAUCUUUCGCUCUCACAUCUGUAGACAAGCAGGGGUCGGCUACAACAGCUCAAACAAGGCACCAACAGGAGAUGCACUUUGAUCGUGUCCGUCCUAGUGACCUCAGCCUCUGUAUCAACCCUUUUGGGUCAGAGAGUAGUCUUGAUAGACUAGUGUUCGAAGGUUAUGAGACCUCCACACAAGUAAAUCUAGUCGGAGCAACACGGCUAGACCGGGAGACUUGUGCUAAGGAAGGUAUAUUCUUUGAUGCAAAUGAAAAUGGAUCCCAAAGUUGUAGUGAGACCAGUCCUCAAGAAGACAGCCCAAUGAUAAAUGGAUCUGAAAGUAUGGUUAAUGAGAUUCUCAUGGAAGUCCUGAACACAGUUGUCCCCCCUUCUCUGGAGAUGGUCGAGGCAAAAGGAGAAAAUCGACCACGCUUACCCAGUGUGUCGUCGAAGACCAGUAGUGUUAUAGAAGAUCACGAUAUCUUAAACACAGUUGAUAAUAGGGGCAUGGAAAUUGACUCACCAACAGAAAGUGAAAUAGAUUUACCAAAUCAACAACACACACACCAUGGAAAAGACAGAAAUUUCAACAAUGUUCACCCUCUUCAUAUGCAUAUGUUGUUGUACACACAGAAAUACGACCACAAACGAACAUUGUAUGCAUUAACGACAUUGAGAUCAAUGCUAGUUACUUGUCCAAGACUUGUAGUUACUGCUCUGGUUACUACAAGUAUAAGUGCCACGAGGACGCCACAAUUGGCCAAACUACAACUUUUAUUGGCCCGUCACAGAAAAUCGGUAUUUGGGAAAAACUUUUUUGGUGAUCUACCUCCAGAAGUUAUGUCCAGUUAUCGAAGUAACAUGUACAUUGAAGUUAUUAUAACUGUGUGUUUGUUUUUUGUUCGAAGUUACUUUCCCAACCUGAUGAUAAGCAAACUUUCCCAUGGCGAGUUGCUAGGCAACAAAGAAGUUCACAUCCUGGCUACGGAAGUACUAACACUUCUCAUGUCAGAGUUGAUCGUUAUCAUGAAAGAAAGCGGGAAAAGUUUUGUAUCGUACAUCAAAGAUCUUCUAGUCAGAUGUAAAGUGCAAAAAGCCCUUUUGCACUGCUGUCUUGCAUCUGUGUAUAACUUCAGAAAGAAAGACAAAAUUGUUGCAGCUUCAUCGAAAAUCACCGAGGCUAUCAUACGAUUUAAUGACGAAAACUUGGACCUAUCUGUUAACGAGACAUUCCAGAUCCGUCUGCUAAAUUUAAUGUUGGUUCUUAUCAUGUUGGAGGGAAACAUUGAAAAAGUAUUUUCCGAUGUGCCUGAAAGUUCCGGGACAACGACUCCCUCAGCAGAAUGGGAACGUCCUCGUGUAAACUUCCAGCAGUCAUUACUUCAUGCCCGGUUCCAGGGUUCCCUUCCCAUAGUGCAACAGAGGAUGUUCCUGUCCUGUGUUCUCAGUGCCAUGAAACAAUCUCACAUGCGCCAUAUGCACCGUCACUGGGUUGCCAUGGUAACAUCUGGUCUGCCAUUCAUGAGUAAAGCCCUGUCCAGCAUCGUGAUGAAUGUGGUGGCCCAGCUUUGUCGUAACAUUGAAAUGGUAGCCUCCAAAUAUGAGGACCAUACGAAGAAAAGAGGUCAAGAGAAGAUGCCCCCUGACCACUUACUGACCAUCUUAGAGGGGAUGACCACCAUCUGCCAUUACUGUCUGCUGGACAAUGCCUCUCCAGUGUCCAUUGGCCUACCUGCUCCCUCAAGCAUCAACAUCACCACAGAAACGGGCAGUGCUGGACAAAUUUUCACCAACCUCAUCAACGUCUUCAACCCAAUAGGGAACAGCCGGGAGGCAAGUCCCCAGAGAGAGACUCCUCUAGUACCUAUUAUGGAUGCACGUCGAAGCCUUCUCAGCAUCAUGCCACGCAUCAUAGCCUGUCUUACAUCACUCUGGAAGGCUGCCAAGUAUGCAGAGGAGCAAGUUGGUGAUGAGAGCAAGUCUCACCCAACUUGGAUUAUGGGAACGCCAAAGGUGAUCCGCCAGAAGAUCCUUGAGUUUUUGAGUCCUAUAUCGUUACCCCACGGAACCAACCUUCUGGCUGCUGUGGGCGUGGCCUGGAAUGAUCGCAUGCGAAAAAAUGGAGCCUCGUAUAAGAAGGUUUUUCCAGCCACAGAUGACCAGUUACUGUUAGUGGACCUGGUCAGUGCCAUUAAAGUCCUCCCUACAGACACACUCGUGCAAACUGUCAAGCAGGUGUUGAAACAGCCUCCGCCAACCAACCUCAGCCGAACCAGGAAAAGCAUACCACUGGAGGUGAACAUGCUUCAGUUUUUCUAUGCCUAUGUACAGCAGACAUCAGCUAGUCAAUUGGUGGAUUCAUGGAACGCUUUGUGUUCUCUACUACGAGACAGUCUUCAACUCAACCUUCUACCACCCGGGAAAUUUAUACUCUUACAAAUUCUGAAUGAAUUUGUCCAGAAGAUGCCGUCAAUGGAAAACAAGAAAAAUCAAAAAGAGUUACAGGACAUCACACAGAAGUUACUGGAGGCUGUAGGAUUAAUUGCUGGUUCCUCUCUGGAGCAGACUACCUGGCUUCGACGUAAUCUGGCAGUCAAACCCGGCCCACAGACUGACCGACCAGAGAUGGAUGACGAAGAUGUUGGCGAUGAUGUAGAGAUGGAUUCCGAAGAAGCGGUCAGGGAAAGACGAGUGAUGGACCCUAAACUGACCAGUGCUGUGGACUCAAAGUACAGUGUUCAAGCUUUGUCCAUCCUGGCUGAGCUGACAUCUCCCCUGUUAGAUGUGGUGUACAGUAGUGAAGAAAAAGACAAAGUGGCUCCAUUCCUGACGACCAUCAUGUACAACGUUUUCCCCUAUCUACGUAACCACACAUCACACAAUCUUCCGAGCUACAGGGCUUGUUCUCAGAUCCUUGCAAGUGUGAGUGGGUACCAGUACACGAGAAAGGCAUGGCGUCGAGAGGCCCUGGAAAUGUUACUUGACCCUGGAUUUUUCCAAAUGGAUGUUAAGUGUAUCGGGUACUGGAGGAGCAUCAUUGACAACUUGAUGACACACGACAAAACUACGUUCAAAGAUUUAAUGAGCCGUGUGACAGUGACUCAGUCUGGGUCACUUAGUCUCUUCAGUAGCAAGGAAUUGGAACUGGAGCAGAGGAGUCAUAUGUUGAAACGUCUAGCCUUCACCAUUUUCUGUAGUGAGCCUGAUCAGUACCAGAAAUCCAUGCCAGAGAUACAAGAACGUUUGGCAGAGAGCUUGCGACUGCCACACCAAGUGCCGUCAAUCAUGGCUCAAGUCCAUGUAUUUAUGCAGAUUGAACAGGAAAUGUCCAACGACACAGAAGAGUAUAAGACACAGAUCCAGAGAAUUGCAGCCCUGGACUCGACCUGGGCCCACUUUGGUAAUGGAUUAAAUGCACACAACAACCCUGCCUGGCUCCAGUUGUAUCUUAGUGUAUGUAAGCUGCUGGACCUUGCCCUGGCUCUUCCUGCCGAUGUUGUACCACAGUUCCAGCUGUACCGUUGGGCCUUCAUUGGUGGGGCUGCAGCAGGAAACCAGGAGGAAGAGGAAAAAAAGGAAAUUAACAAUGACAAGAAGGAAGAGAAAAGGAAAAUCCACAAAGCUCGAACAUUUGUACCUCACAUCAUCCGUCUCACUAAACUGAUCAAUGAAAGGACACGCGGUGCCAUGCCAGUCCUAAAACAGACCCCAGGCCGUCCCCUUCUGACUCAAACCUACCUACGAUCACUAAAUGAGCUACAACCAUUCUUCAAUACCCUUUGCUGUAGCCAAACCGAAAGCAAGUUUGUUUCAACGAAACGCUCUGACAAUGCCAGCAGAACCAACCAAUCAGGAGCCAGUUCUAAACAUCAUCAGACAGCUAAGUUGUCAGCCAUGCCAAAAUCUAAAUCUACCACAGAGAUUGGGAAGAGCUCAGGGGCUAUGUCAGACCCGCCGCUUGUCUCAAAUACAAAACAUUGUAGACAGUACAUAGAAGAAAUGCUAGAGAGAGAUUUCUUAGAACCACUUCCAGACAUGUAAAGGCAAUCUGACUGUCGCAUCUGUAUUUUUCAGAAAACGUCUGAGUUGUUCAAAUGUUUGAAAUAUUUUCUCCGAAAACAGAAAUUCAAUCUGCUUUUCUGUUGAAGUCCAUGUAUUUGUGUAGCAAUUUGUGAUAAAAGUAAGAUAUCUAGUUUUACUUGUAUUGACAAAAGUGACUGAAUUUGUUAAACUGAACAAUGUAUUUAGUAAUAUACUUAAUUUAAUACUAUACUAGGUAUUUGCUUAACCACCUGAGUUGUUCAGUUGUGUAAGGCUAAAUAUUUACUUGACCAAUAUAUUGCCUUUU